AUGGCUGAGCUUAAUCCAGCAUUGCAAUUCAGAGACUUCCUUCAAGCUCUAAAGAACGAAAAUGAUUUAGUAGAAAUCACUGAAGAGGUUGAUCCAUGCUUAGAGCUAGGUGCCAUAAUGAGGAAGGCAUAUGAAUCCAGAUUACCUGCUCCUCUUUUCACCAAUGUGAAAGGCGCUUCUAAGGAUCUCUUUAGUAUGUUCGGAUGCCCUGCUGGGCUCAGAAGCGAAGAAUUCGGUGAUCACGGUAGAAUUGCCCACCAUCUUGGACUUGAUCCUAAAACGCCGAUAAAAGACAUCAUAGACUUUUUGUUGGACUGCAAGAAGAAGAAGCCUAUACCACCAAAAGUGGUGUCUUUUGCGGAGGCGGAGUGCAAGCGUCAUAUAAUAGCAGAGGAAGACAUUCAUUUGGAAAAACUACCUACGCCCCUUUUACAUCAGUCUGACGGCGGGAAAUACCUGCAAACGUACGGCAUGUGGAUUCUUCAGACUCCUGAUAAAAAGUGGACAAAUUGGUCCAUUGCACGAGGAAUGGUUGCGAAUGACAAACAAAUUACAGGCCUCGUCAUAAAACCCCAACACAUUAGACAGAUAGCAGAUGCCUGGGCAGCUGUUGGUAAAGGAGAUGAAAUUCCUUUCGCUCUUUGUUUCGGGGUGCCCCCAGCGGCAAUUUUAGUGAGUUCAAUGCCUAUUCCAGCCGGCCAAUCGGAAUCUGAUUAUAUUGGUGCAAUUCUUGGUGAGCCUGUCCCUGUAGUUAAGUGUGAAACUAACGAUUUGAUGGUUCCGGCAACGUCAGAAAUGGUGCUCGAAGGGACCCUAUCUUUGAACAAUACAUUCAAAGAGGGUCCGUUUGGAGAGAUGCAUGGAUACGUAUUCGACAAUCAAGAUCACCCAUGCCCAUUAUACACUGUGAAAACAAUGACCUAUAGAGACAAUGCUAUCUUACCUGUGUCAAAUCCGGGUGUCUGCACUGACGAAACUCACACUUUGAUCGGUUCUCUGGUAGCUGCGGAAGCUAAACAACUGGCGAUUGACUCCAAUUUGCCAAUUAUUGAUGCGUUUGUUCCCUAUGAAUCACAAGCUUUAUGGCUUGUUUUGAAAGUUGAUUUGAAAAAGCUCCAAGAAUUGAAGAACACUCCAGAGGAGUUCUCUAAAAUGGUCGGAGACCUUUACUUCAAUAACAAAGUAGGUUUCAUCAUUCACGAAAUCGUUCUUGUUGCGGACGAUAUAGAUAUUUUCAACUUUAAAGAGGUAUUCUGGGCAUAUGUUACUAGACAUACUCCCGUUGCUGAUCAGUUGAACUUUGACGAUGUGACAUCAUUUCCCUUGGCACCAUUUGUUUCUCAAUCCCCUAGAAUCAAAACUAUGAGAGGGGGUAAAUGUGUUACUAACUGUAUUUUCAAACAGGAGUAUGUGGGCAAGCUUGAUUACGUUACCUGUAGUUUCGAAAAGGGUUACCCUAAAGAUUUGGUCAAUUCUAUCAAUGAGAAUUGGAAAAAGUAUGGAUAUAAAUGA